AUGCCUUCUUCUAUUAUAUUCACAUUUCUCGACAUUUCUCUAGCCAUCCUUGGCUUGUACCUCAUCAAGCGUCAUUUUGAUAAACCGGCCGGGCGCAGAAUCCCAGGGCCAAAGGGUUUACCAUUGAUUGGGAACCUCUUCGACGUUCCAAUAGAGAACGAGCCAUUGGUCUUUACGGAAUGGCAAAAGAAAUACGGCGAUAUCGCCUCAGCCACUGUCCUUGGCCAAAAAAUCAUCAUCCUAAACUCGCCCAAGCUGGCCGUCGACAUCCUCAACAAGAAGAGUUCGAUCUACUCAAAUCGACCCCAUUUCACGAUGGCCUCUGACCUCGUCGGAUGGAAAGACGCCAUUGUCAUGCUGCCGAACGAGGAUCGGUUCAGGGGGUAUCGCAAGAUGAUGCAUCAAGCAAUCGGGAGUCGCUCCGCCGUUGAAAGGUAUCUAGACACCAUGGAGUCUGAGGCGCACGCAUGUCUCCGCUCGAUACUGAAGGACCCUCGCAAUCCUGUGGUUCCUGUCCGCAAAGCUGUUGGCGCAGUCAUUCUGAUUAUCUCGCACGGAUACAAGGUCACAUCUGCCAAUGACCCGUUGGUAAGAGUCGCAGAUGCCGCAACGGAUCAGCUCGGUAUCCUCCUCGCUCCAGGAAACUUCCUUGUAGACACCAUCCCGGCCUUACAAUACGUCCCAGAAUGGGUGCCUGGCGCAGGUUUCCAGAAGAUCGCCCGGGAAUGGCGCGCCACUCUGUAUGAGCUGACCGACAGGUCUUUUGAUUAUGUCAAACAACAGAUGGCCGCGGGGAUAGCUGUUCCAAACCUCGUCAGCAAUCUUAUGGACGGCAAGAAAGUGUCGCUAAAGGAAGAAGAGGACAUUAAAUGGGCUGCCUCCAGCUUAUAUUCUGCUGGAAUUGACAAUCCGGUCAACGCCCUGGCCACGUUCUUCCUGGCGAUGACUAUGCAUCCCGAAGUCCAGAGGAAGGCACAAGCUGAAAUCGAUGCAGUCAUCGGAAGGGACAGACUACCACUCUUCUCCGAUAGGGAUCAAAUGCCAUACAUGAACGCGCUGUGCAAGGAGCUCAUCCGCUGGGGUCCCACUGCACCGCUGGGCGCUCCACACUGCGCCACUCAGGACGAUUUCCAUGACGGUUACUUUAUCCCGAAGGGCACCAUCAUAGUCGCGAAUAUAUGGCAUUUUUUGCACGACCCGGAGGUCUACCCUGAUCCCAACAGGUUCAACCCUGACCGUUUGAUCUCGUCUCCCGGCAAGCCUGCUCAGCGCGACCCCUUUGAAGUCUCGUUCGGAUACGGACGACGGUCUUGCCCAGGCUCUGUGCUGGCUGACUAUCUCCUUUUCAUAUUCUGUGCAUCCAUUCUAGCGGUGUACGAUAUUGAGAAGGUCGAGGAGAACGGUAUCAUCCAAGAGCCUAAACACGAAUUCACCAGCGGUGUCCUAGUUAAGCCAAAGCCAUUCAAGACCUGCCUAAAGCCGCGCUCUGCUAAGGCCGAGGCGCUCAUCCGCUCCAUCGAGGAAUUGCGUUGA